AUGUCUCCAACGAUAUCAAAUGGUAGUGGUUAUUUCGUGUUUGUAAAAGUCGAUACGAAUAAAAAAGAUUUGAUCGAAAAAACGAAAUCGGUGGCAUUGUCGAUGAAAAUGUGCAGCGAGAGGAACAGAGACAUGAAUAAUCAGGAAGCGACGAUUCCAUUGAAUUGCGUUCGAUAUAUGGACGAAGAAUUUAUGUCACGGCAGUCAACGACGAGAGAAAAAAUGCAUCACGAUAUGAAAACCAGUAUCGAAUUCGGCUUGAAAUCGUCACCAAUUCAUAUUGCGAAUGCAUCGGGAUUCCCAGUAUGGGCACAAGUCGAGUCUGAUAAGAAUCGUUUGUUGGAGAAAUGUCAAAACUUAAGCAUUGAUACAGUCCGAGAUUGCGGAUUCGUCAGAAUCGGCAUCAACGAAUUCCUCGAUUUCACUGCUAAUUGCUUUAAUGAGCCAUAUCAAUUAGCGCUAUACUAUGAGAAAAGAAAAUUUGGAGGUUUGGUGAAAAUAAUGAAUCCGUUUGCUGCUGCUGAAAAAAAUAAUAUAAUUAUUGACAAAUACUUGAAUAUAAAGUACACCCCACAGGGUAAGGUUUGGGAGGAUGUGAGUGGGAUCGUCUACGGAACCGACGAACCCCGCCAAGUGAUUGUGAGAAAUCUGUCAAACUUCCCAGUGGUUGCAUUGUUUGAUGUUGAAUAUGAGCAUUUACUCAAAAUAAAGCAACAAAUUAAAGAAUUUGGAGAUCUCGUCGCUCUAAAAGAUAUAUUUGAAGAGAAAGAAAAAAAAUUGGAUAUAACUGCACAAAAUAAUUUGAGACAAUACGAAUAG